GCCGAGCUUCCGGACAAGCAGAAAGACCCCGAAGCCUAUGAAUUGGUUGCAAAGCACAUGAUGCAUGGGCCAUGUGGACUCGAUAGACCUCGAUCACCAUGUAUGGAGAAUCAUGUAUGUGCGAAGAAAUUUCCCCGCCCAUUUACUGAGUCUACAUCAAUUGAUAAGUCUGGGUACAUAAUAUAUCGUCGCCGGAAGAACGAAAAUGCGAAUGUUUUAAAGGAUGGAAUUCUUCUAGACAAUGCUUCUGUCAUCCCUUAUAACAUAGAAAUCCUGAAGAAGUAUGCAGCUCAUAUAAACGUGGAAUGGUGCAAUCGGACAUCCGCUAUCAAAUACCUUUUCAAAUACAUCACAAAAGGAGUUGACAGGGCGACAGUUCUGGUUGAGAAAGGCCCCGACCCACCUACAUCCGAGAAUGGAAGCGACCCCCAGACAUCCGAGAAAGGCAAGGAAAAGGUCAAGAAAGCAAGGAAUGAGAUAAAAGAGUAUCAGGACUGUCGAUACUUAUCCGCUUGCGAAUCCAUGUGGAGGACUUUCGCUUAUUCUAUACAUAAACGCCAACCAUCCGUCAUGAAGUUGGUUGUCCAUCUGGAAGGUGAACAUAAUAUCACUAUCAAAGAUACGGAUAACCUAGGAAGAGUUAUACAGAAGCCAGGCAUCGAAAAGACUAUGUUCACCGAGUGGAUGGUUCUAUGCAGAACAUCCGCGUUCGCCCGUACCUUAACGUAUGUCCAGAUUCCUGAGUUCUUCACAUGGAACAAUAGCUCAAAAGUCUGGUCAGAGCGAAAGAGAGGAACUUCAAUUGGUCGGGUUGUUACUGUACAUCCCGCUUCAGGGGAUCGAUACUAUUUGAGGAUACUGAUAAAUAAAGUGAAGGGCCCUAGAAGUUACAAAGAGCUUAGAACCUUCAACGGUGUCACAUAUCCCGAUUUCAAAAGCACCUGCUGCGCACGAGGUCUUCUCGCUAACGAUGCUGAAUGGCACGAAAGUAUGGCUGAACUCAACACAUGGGGCACACCUUCUCAGCUAAGAGAAAUGUUUGUCACGUUACUUAUCUACUGUCAUGUUGCUAACCCUAAGGAAUUGUGGGAUAAGUGCUGGAAAACUCUGAGUGAGGACAUCCUUUACAAGAAACGUAAGGAAUUCAAACACCCACAGCUAGAAAUAGAUGAUGCUAAGCUCGAGCAGUAUACAUUACUUGAACUCGAGAAGGCUUUGCGGAACCAAGAACACACCCUUACUGAUUUUCCAGGAAUGCCUACUCCUGAUCCUCUCCUACUUAAAGAGCUAGGUAAUACUUUGUGGCAGCAAGAGCUACAGUAUAAUCUCGCCGAGGAGAAGAGUAGACAUGACACCCAAUACACGUUGCUCAACCGUGAACAAUUGGACGUCUAUCAGGCUAUUAUCGAGUCGACUCAAGAAGACUACGGGAAGCUAUUUUUUGUCUACGGGGCUGGGGGCACAGGCAAAACAUUUUUAUACCAGACAAUCAUUUCGAGACUACGGUCAGAGAAAAAGAUAGUCCUUCCUGUUGCUUCAUCUGGAAUAGCAGCCCUACUACUACCAGGCGGCAGGACUGCCCACUCCCGUUUCAAUAUCCCAAUCGAUCUAAAGGCCACAUCCACCUGCCACAUUACACCUGGAACUAUGCUCGCAGAGUUAAUAGAAAAGGCAGCUCUAAUCAUAUGGGAUGAGGCACCUAUGACACACAGGCAUGCUUUCGAAGCCCUCGAUAAGUCCUUAAGAGACAUUCUUUCUUUACAUGAUCCCAAAGCCAAAACUCUCCCAUUCGGCGGAAAAACUGUUCUUCUAGGAGGUGAUUUUAGACAGAUCUUACCAGUCAUCCCACAAGGCACCAGAGCUGAAAUUGUCUCUGCCUCCAUAAGUCAUUCAUAUUUAUGGGAAUCAUGCCACAAAUUCACCCUCCAGAAGAAUAUGCGCCUCAGCGAAGAUGAGAAAGAAUUCUCCAACUACGUCCUAAGAGUUGGCGACGGGAACCCCCUACCUACUGAGGUCAAUGAAUUUGAUGAAGAUGAAGAAGAUCAGCUCAUUUCUAUUGACCGAACGUUGGUCGAGGAGGUCAGCUCAGAUCCUCACAAACAAAUUCUAGAAGCUACUUACGGGCGAACUGAUCAGUGGAAAGGAACCAAACAAGACUAUACAGAAAGGGCUAUCCUCACACCAAGGAACGAAACGGUGGAUGAGAUCAAUGAAUACAUGAUAUCUGAAGCUGACGGUGUUUCAAAGGAAUAUCUCAGUUCCGAUAGCUUCGGUAUAAUCGACACCGACUCUGCGAACAACGAGACAUUGUACCCAGUAGAGUAUUUAAACUCACUGAGCUUUCCAGGCCUGCCUGCACAUAAGCUUACAUUGAAAGUGGGUGCCCCUUUCAUGCUCCUAAGGAAUUUAAAUCAGAAGAAGGGGUUAUGCAACGGAACACGUCUGAUUGUCACUUACCUAGGUGAGCGUGUUAUUAGAGGUGAAAUAGUUACAGGCUCCCAUAUUGGACAUAAAGUGGACCUUCCAAGAAUCAUACUAUCGGAAUCAGUAACUAAACAUCCGUUCACUCUAGAAAGGCGGCAAUUUCCGAUCAGGCUAUGUUACGCAAUGACAAUUAACAAAAGUCAGGGUCAGAGUUUGAAAGGUGUCGUGCUGUAUUUGCCCAAGCCCGUUUUCACCCAUGGGCAACUCUAUGUUGGUCUUUCCCGAGUUACUACCAAGUCAGGCCUCAAAAUUAUACAAGGAAAGGAUCAAAAGAUAGGAAGGGUCAAAAACACUGUCUACAAAGAAAUAUACAACGGUUUACCAGGUAAUCAAAUAUUAUUUGCAACCCAGUUCACAACAUCAUCCAUAAAUACUCACCUCAUUUCUCUCUCUACUCCAGAGUCAAUAUCCGAUGAUCACCCAGAGCAGGCUUCCCGGAAUCUUCAACAACUUUCUAUACCAUAAGAUGCAAGCUACCAGUAAGUCUUCCGGUCCGAAACUCUUCAAACCCAUUAAUGAACAUGUGCUAACAAAAUUGUUUAUAUCUAUAGGUCCGCCCGCAAAAGAAAGUCGCCGCUCUACAAGACCAUUCACAAUAACCCUACAAGCCAUCGUCUACGGCUUAUCUUAUUUUAUUUUAUUUUCGCUACCUACCACUUACUAUUUCCUUUGGACAAUUACUUAUUUCAACUAUCGAACUUUUAUCUUUUGCAUUUACUAUUAUUUCAGACAAUUUUAAAUUUCAAAUGUUUUCUAUAAUAAUGUGCGAAUUGCCAAAGUUCCCUUUAAUCUUAAAAUAGUACGUCCAAGAUAAUAAAAUCUCCUCAUUUCACACACAGCCCCUGUAAAUUACUAAAAAUAACAAAAUUCUCAUAUCAAACCCACCCAGCUAAUUUACUACUACCACCUAUAAUUAUGGCCCAGCCUACUUAAAAUUUUAAAAAACCUUGACAAUACUUAAAAAAAAACACCCUAACUAUGUUCACUUCAAAAAAAAAUAAAAAAAAUUUGCGCAGUAAUUAAAAAAUAAUCAUUCUCAUCGAUCUAGCACAUGCAGCAGAAGAGCAAAUCAACUGGGGCAACACCCUCGGACCUCAUCCAAUAAUCGUUAGGAUCCUUAGGGUCUGGCCCAUCACAAAUCAUAAAAAUAAAGAUGCUUUCCUAGGAACAACUUUCAUCUGUCUUGACAUCCAGGUAUGCCUAAAAUUCCUAUUUUUAAUUAUUCCAACUAUAUUUCAAAUGAUUGCUUCUAACCACUAAACAUGAACAAAAAAUGGAGGGGAGGGUGCCUAUAUCUACGUCUGACACAAUGUACCAACGCUUCGAGGAAGGGAAAAUUUAUCACAUUAGAUAUUUUAAUCUCCUCCCCAAUAACCAACGUUACAGGCUUACGGACCAACCAUACAUAAUCAAUAUCAAAGAAACAACAACUAUUACACUGAUUCAAGAAAACAUUCCACCGAUCCCUUCAUACAUAUUCCAGCCCCAACGCUACACCCAGUUGUUCAGCUCAGCAAGUGAAACCAACUUCCUACCAGGUAAAAAAAAACCAAAAACUCUCUCACAUAAAAAUAAAUCCUACUUUUUUU